AUGUGCCGCUGCCGUGAGGCAGAGACCAUGGCAGAGGACAUCAUGCCCACGCAGACCCUGGUUGAGCCGAAGGCGAAAGCAAGCCGCAUUGAGAGGACAGUGACGCACUCCUGGCCCACAACGUCUGUAGUCCAGUCUUCGCCUGUAGACUUGCCUGUGCCGACCGCCAGGCCGUCUCCAACCUCCAUGAACGAGGGUGAGGAUGAGGAGGAGGCCAUCGUCGGGCCGCUGCCGGAUGCGGCGAUGAAGCCGCCAGAACCCGGCGCCUUUGGCAUCGCAUUGGGAGCAGGCGAUGCUGAGGUGCCAGCACUGCAAGAGUCUGCGCUGGCAGACAGUGCCUGGUCAGAGUCCGCUCCUGAACGAACACCGACGGAGCUGCCUGAGGACAUGCCUGUGCCAACCGACGUGCCUUCGCCAACCUCCCUGCGCUCGGAGGACGAGGCGGACACCAUCGUCGAGCAGGUUGGGACUUUGCCUACGCAGACACUGGUGGCCCCCAAAUUUGAGGCGCGUGCUGGGGUCGCUGCGCAUUCGGAGGAUGAGACUGCAGAGACGAAUGUUCCCGGCGUGCCACAGGCAUCGGCAGCGGCCGGAUCCAGCGUCUUCAUGUCGGAUUCUGGCAUAGUGCCCUCACCCACCGACAUGCCGGUUCCGACAGAACUGCCCUCCCCCACGUCGGCAGGGCCAGCUGUGACUGGCGAGGAGCUCAUCACGACUGCCCCGCCUCCUACGGCCCCGACGGCACUGGUGCAGGAAGCGCCCCCAGAUGCAGAUUUCCCACCUCCCAUGCCGGAGUCUGCGAUACCGUCGUCGGUGGCGGGGUCGCCUUCUGAGAUGCCGGUACCCUUGGACGACGAGAUGGCCAACUGCCCGGCCUGCGGCAACGUGUACGCGGAGGACUCGAUCUUCUGCCGGAAGUGCGGCCACAAGCGCGGCGAGGCAGCACAGGGAACGAAGCCGGGAUCACAGCUGUACGCAGAGGAAGCGCAUCACGAGGUCCUCGCCCACCGCCUCGCCAGCAAGUAUUCAAUGAAGAACGCAGUGAAAGUAGCCACAGACUCAAAUAGUGAAUUUGACAUUCUGAAUUCAACUGAACAGGAAGUGGCCGUGCUGGUCCCAACAGAGAGGCCUGGCAAGACCCAGCUUCCUUCAAGCCUGCCCCCCACCGGAUCCUACCAGGUGCCCGUGCAAGGAGUUUUCGUCGGCAGUGGGCAUGUCCUCCUCGGUUCGGACCUCGGCUGGGGACACCUUGACUUCACUGCGGGAGGUGUGAACUCCUUCAGCUUGAGAAUAGAGAGGCCGCCACGCAGUGUGGCGCCCGACGCCCAAACUCCCAGCGGUUGCGGCCUGGACCUCGGAGCGUUUACAAGGUCAGCAGCGCUCCCCAACGGAGAUGCCAGUGCCGACGGACGUGCCGUCACCGACCACGCCCUGCGAGGGAUGAUGCUCUUCCAGUGUGUGCUGAAGAUGCGGAUUGUGACAGCAGGGGGCAUCCGAGCGAAGACCAGCAGCAUCGAGAAGACCCUGACACACUCCCGGCCUGCCACGUCAGUAGUCCAGCACGGGUCUUCGCCAGUGGACGUGCCCGUGCCGACCGCCAGGCCGUCUCCAACCUCCAUGAAUGAGGGUGAAGAUGAGGAGGAGGAGGAGGCCCCGGGGACCUGCAUGUUGAAUUUCAAGUUUCCGGACCCAGGUAUCCCAACCGGAUUCUUUCCUUACCUAGCGAUUGGCCCAAGGUUGCGGAGCGGUGAUGUGCUCACCUUGCAGAUGAGCAGCAUUGUUCACACCAACAUUGCUGCUUUUGCUGCGAUCCUUGGCACCCGGACCUCGUUCUUUUCUUUUCAGCUUGGGUAUGUCAGGCCACAGACGCCCAAGGCCGCAAGCCGCCCGGAACCCUAUGGAACAUCCAACCUAAAAGCCUAUAACCAGUCGAGCUGCUUCCCUGGUCGUGAGGGCGUGGCCGGUGCACUGGUCCACCAGUUGCUGAAAAGGAUGUUCGAGUUCUUUCAACUGCUUUGCGGCUUCAUUGGUGCAGCAGCAACAUCCUCCGGAAAACGGUUCGUGUAUGAUGUUCGCUGGUCAGGGCCCCAAACGGCACAGGAAGGGAGGCCUCGUCCGAGCCCCGAGUCUUCACACCCUGGCACUGCCAACCUGGUCGUCGCUCCGGAGGACAAGGUUGUGUCCAUGGAAGCACAUGCCUCCGACGGAGCUGGAGCAGCUGUGCAGCCUGCUCCUUCGACGCUGCUUCAGCAGCUGCACAUCCAUGCGACGCGGCUUCUGCGGGAGAAGAUCAAAGCAGAUGGACAGCUGAACGGCAACAGCGAGCUGCUUGAAGAAGAGACUGCAAAGGGUCAAGAAACAGCAAAGGGCCAUCCGAAGUACAUGCCAACUCCUUCGAAGCGCACCGCGCCCCGGAAUCAGCCCACACGCUCGGCCAAGCACGAAGGGGAGGACCGCAGCAAGGGCAACGGCCCGAAGGCCAUCCGGCGCCAUGAGCUGGGCGCAGGCAAGGGCCGAGCGUCCCCGCGCCCCACAGGCAAAGCCCCAGUGGCGCAGUCUCGACUCAAACUGCAAGAGCUGGCUCCUUCAGUGGCGUCCCCGAAGCCAGACGCCGGUGUGAGUCUGGAGUCCGACCUCCGGUCAUAA